AUAUCAGAGUCUGUAACACAAUGGGGCUGGUGGCUUGGGAACAUGUUGGAUUUUUGUUUCUCCUAGUAGUUGAGUUGUCUCUAGAACAGUGGCUUCAGCAAGGCCAGGAUCCAAUAACAUUUCAACAACAGCCACCAGUUUCUGCACAUCAGCAAGCCCAGAAUCCAUUAGGAUUCCAGCAACAGCCACCAGUUUCUGCACCACAGCAAGCCCAGAAUCCAUUAGGAUUCCAAAAACAGCCACCAGCUUCUGCACCUCAGCAAGCCCAGAAUCCAUUAGGUUUCCAAAAACAGCCACCAGCUUCUGCACCUCAGCAAGCCCAGAAUCCAUUAGGUUUCCAAAAGCAGCCACCAGCUUCUGCACCUCAGCAAGCCCAGAAUCCAUUACGAUUCCAUCAACAGCCACCAGUUUUGACACAUCAACAAGCUCUUCAAAACCCACAAGGAGCAGGUGUUUUUCAGCCUCAAAAACCUGGAAUUGCACUUGGAAUGCUAGAUCCUGCCAGUACUCAGUCCAAGCAGCUAAUGCAGGCUCCUGUGGCACCUUUGACCUGGCAGUUUCCCCACAUGCAAGAAGAGCCCCAACAGCCAGCAGUACCUUUUCAGCUACAGGUACCCAGCCCUCCUGACAGUGUAGCAGCACAAUGUGCAGAGAACUUUGUGCAUGUGGAGGUUAAAAAGGACUUCUAUGGAAAUGGCCACUUGGCAGAGCCCUCAUCCUUUAGCUUAGGAGACUGUGCAGCUGUAGGGGAAGAUCCUAAUUCUCAUGUGCUUAUCUUUCAAUACGAGCUCCACAAAUGUGGUAGUUCUUUGACGAUGACUGCUGAUGAGUUGGUGUACACGUUCACUCUACUCUACACUCCUGGUGCUCUAGUUGGAACUCCCAUUGUGAGAGCUGAUGCAGCUGCUGUUGCAAUUCACUGUCACUAUCCAAGGUUGCAGAAUGUAAGCAGUGACGUGUUGAUGCCUGCUGCGGUUCCUUUUGCUGCUACCAUAGUUUCAGAGGAAGUGCUGGUGUUCUCCCUUAAGCUCAUGACUGAUGAUUGGAUGUUUGAGAGGCCAGUCAACCAGUAUUUCCUUGGCCAGUUCAUGAACGUUGAAGCUUCUGUGAAGCAGUACAACCACGUUCCCCUGCGUGUUUUCAUUGAUGGCUGUGUGGCUACUGCAGUCCCUGAUGUGAACUCUGUUCCAAGAUAUUCCUUUAUUGAGAACCAUGGGUGCCUGGUUGAUGCCAAGCUUACAGGCUCUCCUUCCCAUUUCAUGCACCGAGUUCUAAAUGACAAGCUGCAGUUUCAGUUGGAGGCUUUCAAGUUCCAGCAAGCUGGUAACAGCUCGGUCUACAUUACAUGUGCGUUGAAGGCUGUCCUGGCUUCAACUCCUACAAAUUCGGAGAGCAAAGCUUGCUCCUUCACCAAUGGAUGGACUUCUGCAGAUGAAAGUGACGACGUGUGCAUGUGCUGUGACUCCAUAUGUGGAUCGACUAGGAAAGGAAGAGCAAUAUCUGAUUCUGGCCUGGUUUCAGAAGGAGAGGUGACCAUUGGCCCCAUUGUGAUCUCUGACUGAAGUAAUGGGUUAAGGAAUGACAAAUAAAACCUUGAAAUGGCA